AUGUCAGAUACGGUGUCCGAUGUGCAACAGGCAUUAAGUUGUAUCUCGUCAACUGCAACUCAAACAUUAAAAAAUGAUGCAUUACACUACCUGGAAAGAUUUCAAAGAUCUACAGAGGCAUGGGAAAUAUGUAACCAAAUUUUGACCAGAAAUGAUCCAUCUCUGUUAGAGUUACAAGUUUUUGCAGUACAAACUAUUAGAAAUAAAGUUACUUACGAUCUGUCACAGUUAGAAUCGUCUGGGGAUGGAACUCUAACUCAAUUAAAAGAUUCUUUACUGAGCUUACUUACCAUUCAUACUUCUAAACCAAUUCUUACACAAUUAAAUGUUGCUGUGGCAAGAUUAGCAAUUCAAUUCAUAAAUUGGAAAAAUCCAAUGAUCGAAAUCGUUUCUUACUUAAAUCCCUAUCCUGGAAUUCUGUUAAGUUUCCUUAGAAUUCUACCUGAAGAAACAAUGAACAUGGGUUCUUUACCUCUAACAGAAGAAGAAUACAAUUCACGUACACAUGAAUUAAUCAGCUCUAUUGCUCAAGACGUCCUAUCGUUUUUGGUUAAAUGCACUGGAAUUGCCAAGACGCAACCAACAAAUGAUAUUUCUGUUGCGAAUAUCCUACGCUGUUUUAAUUCUUGGUCCUUUGAGUUCCCAAUUGAUGAAGUUUUAGCUGUAAGACCUGUGGUUGAGUUGUUAUUCGAAGUAUUGUUAACAGAGUCUGAUGAUACGGAGGCAUUUGAUGCAGCUGUUGAAUGUUUAUGUGUCAUUUUAAAGGAAAGUAGGGAAGCUCCUAACGAGCAAUUGAUUUUUUCAUUGUUUGAACAACUAAUCAAUAUUCAAACAAAAUUAUUACCAAGCAUAUUAUCAAUUGACAGAUCUAAAACAGAGGACGAACUUGACCCCGAUUUAUUAGAAAGUUUGACAAGGAUCUUCGCAGAAGCAUGUGAGGCAUGGACUGUAUUCAUAUCUAAAUCACCUGAAACAUUUCAGCCAUUAGUUUUAAUUUUAUUAGCUUUAGCAUGUAAAAACCCUGAUCUAGAUAUUGUUUCAUACACAUUUCCUGUUUGGUUUAGUUUAAAGCAGAAUUUGGUUCUACCAAGAUAUCAGCAUGCACGUAAAUUGUACUCCAAAAUAUUUAUAGAACUUAUUAAUGGUAUUAUAGUACAUUUAGAGUACCCUGAUGGCGGUUUCUCGUCAAAAGAAAAUGAAGAUAAAUUUAAAGAUUUCAGAUACUCUAUGGGUGAUGUUUUGAAAGAUUGUACAGCUGUAGUUGGAACCGUCAACGCUCUGACUCAACCUUUGACGAAGAUAAAAGAAUCUAUUGUGAAUGGGCAAGUGCAGAAUUGGAAAAAGUUGGAAGCUCCUCUAUUUUCUUUGAGAACAAUGGCACAGGAGAUAUCCUUAACAGAGAAUAAAAUUCUUCCAGAGAUUUUCCAAAUCUUAUGUAGUCUUCCAGAGUUACAUCCAAAGAUUAGAUACGCAACUACAUUGGUGUUUGGUCGUUAUACUGAAUGGACUGCAAAAAAUCCUGCUACUUUAGAAAUCCAGUUACAAUAUAUUUUCAAUGGGUUUGAAAAAGUUCAAGCAGCUCAAAAUACUGCGAAUGAAGAUAUCAAGGAUAUUGUAACUGCUUCUUCACACUCUCUGAUGUAUUUCUGCACAGAUUGUUCUAAAUUAUUAAGCUCAUAUCUUGAUCAACUUAUCAUCUUUUAUUUCAGUAUUCAAGAUAUAAUAUCGGAUGAUAUUGAGUCACAGUUUGAAUUAUGUCAAGGGUUGAGCUCUGUCAUUAAUCAACAACCACCUGAAAGUAUAAAUAUUUCUUUUGCUAAAUUGAUUGAUGAUAAUCUUGAGAAAUUAGAAAUUCUUGUUAAAGAUUGGAAUGAAGGUGGGAAAGAUGUUAGUGGUAGUCGAGCCAUUGCUGAUAAAAUUGAUUUAUUCUUUGCAAUGUUUGAGGAUUUAAAACCUCGCCAUUCAUACCCAUCAGAAGGUUCUGAACCACUACUUCCAGAGAUUCAAAAAUUAUGGUUGUCUCUAAAACAUGUUUUAGUUGAUUACGAUGCUAUUAAUGAUAAUAUUAUUGUAGAAAGAACAUGUAAGUUUUUGAGGAGGUUAUUUGAAAAAUUCCAUGUAUUUUGUGAGCCAUUAUUGGGAGAUAUUGCUGAAUUAUUAGUCAAAGGAUACUCAACCACAGGGAUUGGUUCCUUUUUGUGGUGUUCAGGAUCUGUCAUUGUUAUCUUUGGUGAUGAUGACACCUACCCAAUAUCACCUGCGAUUAAGGAAAGUGUGUGGCAAUUUUCUCUGUCUCAAUGUGGUACCUUUGUAACGAAGUUCAACAAAAUGGACACAGCUGAAAUAAACAAGUAUUAUGAUAUUGUUAUGGACUUUUUUGCUAUGGUUUCUGACUUAGUUAUGUUUUAUCCUAAGGAAUUUAUUAUGACUACCGAUCUUCUAACCAGUAUUGUCGAUGUUGCACUAAUCUGCGUAAAUAAAUUGGAGAAUUUUGAUGCUUAUCUGUAUAUUAUUCGUUGUCUAGAUGACAUAAUAUCAUGGGGUUUCCCAUCUCCACCAAUUUCUAUUGUAACAUUGGACUAUGUUCCAGCAGAAUGGAGAAGUCAAAUCAUUAAUGAAAUCAUAGUACAAAAGGGUACCAAUAUUGUGCUAGUAUUGAUGACUGGAUUAGUUAGUAAUUUUGAUUCGAAUUCUCAUUCAGAUGCCGUCAGCUGUAUUGUCAAAUGUUUUAGAUUAGCUACUGAAGCUAAUAAUAACGAUCCAUCAAUUUGUGCCCAAUGGAUAAUUGAAGUUACUAGUCAAUUAUCUCAUGUAAGUGCCAACGAAAGAGAGAAUUUGGUAAACUCUACGAUAUCUGGUCUAAACAAACAAGAUUAUAGAAAGGUGAGCGAAGGUAUUAGGAGUUUUGUUGAAUGGUAUAUUAAAAAGAAUGUAUCGCCUAGAAUAGAUUAA